AUGGGCGCGCUCAUGGCUCUGAUGUGCUUCAUCUUCAUUGUCUUCUUCGCACCCAGCUUGCCCGUUCUUGCCGCUGGUGAAGUCCUUUGUGGUAUCCCAUGGGGUGUUCUGGCCACAACCUCUCCAGCCUACGCUUCCGAAGUACUUCCCCCUUCUCUUCGCACCUACCUUACCUCAUGGACAAACAUGUGUUUCAUUCUUGGUCAACUCGUCUCGGCCGGCGUUCUCAAGGGACUUUCGACACGCGUUGACGAGUGGGGCUACCGCAUUCCCUUCGCCAUCCAGUGGAUUUGGCCUUGCUUCUUGAUUCCUCUUGUCUACUUCUCUCCCGAAUCCCCCUGGUACCUCGUCCGUGUUGGCAAGCACGCUGAAGCCGAAGCAUCUCUCCGUCGCCUCCAGUCAAGCGCUCACCCAUCUGCUGUCAACCCCCAGAACACCCUCGCCACCAUCGUCUACACCGACAACCUGGAGAAGGAACUCUCAGUGGGUACAAGCUACUUCGACUGUUUCAGAGGCACCGAACUCCGCCGCACAGAGAUCGCCUGUCUGUGUUUCGCCGGCCAGAUUCUUUGCGGUAUCUGCUUCGCCUACAACUCGAGCUACUUCUUCUCUCAGGUCGGCAUGGGCACGUCUGCAACCUAUUCUCUUGCUCUCGGCGGUACCGCUCUUGCCUUUGUCGGAUGUAUUUGCAACUGGCUUAUCCUCAUGCCUCGCUUUGGUCGCCGCACAAUCUACAUCUGGGGUAUGGGUGGCAUGUUUGUCAUUCUCAUGAUCAUCGGUAUCCUCAACAAGUGGACACACAACCAUCAAAUCGCUAUGACUCAAGCUAUCCUUACUCUCGCUUGGACAUUCAUCUUCCAACUCUCUGCUGGUCAGCUCGGCUGGGCUCUCCCCGCCGAGAUGGGAUCCACUCGUCUGCGCCAAAAGACCAUCUGCCUUGCUCGUGACGCAUCCAACCUUACCGGUCUUGUUGGUGGCACACUGCAACAAUACAUGAUGAACCCCGAAGCCUGGAACCUCAAGGGCUACACUGGAUUCGUUUGGGCCGGCACUUGCUUCGGCAUGUUCGUCUGGUCAUACUUCCGUCUUCCUGAGACCUGGAACCGCACAUACCACGAGCUCGAUAUCAUGUUCGCCAGAAAGGUUCCUGCCCGCCAGUUCGCUUCUACUGUUGCUGACGCUUUCGAGUCCGAUGGUUCGGAGGAGGAUCUCGUUUCCAAGGCUGCCAAGAAUGCUGCCAGGGAUGCCAUCAGAACUGGAUCUAUCACAUACCAGCCUUGA